AUGGGAGCAACCAUCAUGGACCGAAAGUGUCUCUGGGCAGGUGUAGUGGUCUUGCUGCUGCUUCAGGGAGGAUCUGCCUACAAACUGGUUUGCUACUUUACCAACUGGUCCCAGGACCGGCAGGAAGCAGGAAAAUUCACCCCUGAGAAUCUUGAUCCUUUCCUAUGUUCUCACCUCAUCUACUCAUUCGCCGACAUCAGUAACAACAAGAUCAUCAUCAAGGACAAAAGCAAUGCAGUGCUUUACCAGACCAUCAACAGUAUCAAAACUGAGAAUCCCAAACUGAAAAUUCUCUUAUCCAUUGGAGGCAAUGAGUUUGGUUCCAAAAGGUUCCACCCCAUGGUCGAUUCUUCUAUAUCACGCUUGGACUUUAUCAACUCUGUGAUCCCAUUUCUAAGGAGCCAUAACUUUGAUGGGCUAGACAUAAGCUGGAUCUACCCAGAUAUAAAAGACAGUACUCAUUUCACUGAGCUGAUUCAGGAGUUCGCAGAAGCCUUUCAGAAGGAUUUUGUAAAAUCCAGAAAAGAGAAGCUUCUCUUGACUGCAGGAGUGUCUGCAGGGAGACAGAUUAUUGAUAAAAGCUAUCAGAUCGAGAAACUGGCAAAAGCACUAGAUUUCAUCAACCUCCUGUCCUUUGACUUCCAUGGAUCUUGGGAAAAGCCCCUCUUCACUGGCCACAACAGCCCUCUGAGAAAGGGGCAGCUAGACAGAGGGACAAGCUCCUACUACAAUGUGGAAUAUGCUGUAGGGUACUGGAUAAAUAAGGGAAUGCCGGCAGAGAAGGUGGUCAUGGGCAUCCCCAUGUAUGGGCGCACCUUCACACUGGCCUCUGCAGAAACUGCCAUGGUCUCCUCCGCCUCUGGGCCUGGAGCUGCUGGCCCCAUCACCAAGUCUCCAGGCUUCCUGGCCUAUUACGAGAUCUGCCAGUUCCUGCAAGGAGCCAAGGUGACAAGAAUGCAGGAUCAGCAAGUUCCCUAUGCAGUCAAGGGAAACCAGUGGGUGGGCUAUGAUGAUGUGGAAAGUGUGAAGACCAAGGUUCAGUUUCUAAAGAAUUUAAACCUGGGAGGGGCUAUGAUCUGGUCUAUUGACAUGGAUGACUUCACUGGAAAAUCCUGUGGGCAAGGCCACUACCCUCUUGUCCAGGCUGUCAAGAGAAGUCUUGGACUUACUACCAAAAUGGGCAAGCUGUUGAUUCUUGCUGGGCUGGCCCUCCUGCUGCAGCUGGGCACAGCAACCAAAAUCGUCUGUUACUUCACAAACUGGAGCCAGUACCGCCCUGGGAUUGCACGCUACAUGCCUGAGAAUGUGGACCCUUGUCUCUGCACACACAUCAUCUAUGCCUUUGCUGGCAUGGCCAACAAUCAGAUCAAAACCAUCGAGUGGAAUGAUGAGGCCCUCUAUGCUGGCAUCAACAGCCUCAAGAACUACAACACGGAACUGAAAACCCUGCUGUCUGUUGGUGGCUGGAAUUUUGGAACACAGGGAUUCUCUAACAUGGUGGCCACUGCCGAGAACCGUCAUACUUUCAUCCAGUCAGCCAUACAGUUUCUGAGGAAGUACAACUUUGAUGGGCUGGACAUUGAUUGGGAAUAUCCUGGCAAUCGUGGCAGCCCACCUGACACCCAGCAGCUCUUCACUGUCCUGUUGAAGGAAAUGUAUGAGGCUUUUGAGCAAGAGGCCUCCCAGACCAACAAGCCCAGGUUGCUGAUUUCUGCUGCUGUGUCUGCUGGCAAAGGUACCAUUGAGACUGCCUACCAGAUCCCCCAGAUGUCUAAGUACAUGGACCUCAUCAACGUGAUGACCUAUGAUCUAAGGGGCUCCUGGGAAGGCUUCACAGGAGAGAACAGCCCCCUUUUUGCAGGACCCAAUGACCAGGGAGACUACAAAUACUUUAAUGUGGAUUAUGCAAUGAACUACUGGAAGAGUCAAGGUGCACCUGCUGAGAAGCUGAUGGUGGGCUUUGGGGCUUAUGCCCGUACUUUUACUCUCACAAACCCUGCCAACCACGGCCUGGAUGCUCCCACCUCUGGCCCCGGGAAGGCUGGGCCCUAUACUCAAGAGGCUGGGACUCUUGCCUACUUUGAGGUCUGCUCCUUCCUGAAAGGAGCCACAGAGGUGUGGAAUGCCCCCCAGGAGGUGCCCUAUGCCUACAAGGGAAACCAGUGGAUUGGGUAUGGCAACCCCAAGAGCUUCACCCUCAAGGCUGAGUGGCUGCUGAAGAACAACUUUGGAGGGGCCAUGGUCUGGGCCAUUGACCUGGAUGACUUCACAGGCACUUUCUGUGGACAAGGCAAAUACCCCCUCAUGAACGCCAUCAAAUCUGCCCUUGGUGUCUCCACUCCUAGUUGCCUGGACACAUCAGAGCCUGGGGAGCCCAGAAGUUGCAGAGUACCCACCUCUACCCUGGGCACCAGUGUGGCCCCCAUCGUCACUGCAGCUCCCGGGGGUGGCAGCGCUGGCGGUAGUGGUUUCUGUGCUGGGAAGUCUGAUGGUCUCUAUCCCAGCCCCACCAGCAAGCAGGCUUUCUACAACUGUGUGGGUGGGCACACCUAUGAAGAAGCUUGUCAGUCAGGCCUGGUCUUUGACACUAGCUGCUCUUGCUGUAACUGGGCUUAA